UCCUUUGUGGGCAUCCCAGCGGCGAGGCGCUUCCGGUUUAGGGUUAGCACGGCGCGUCUGGCCAUGAACUUCGCACGCCUUGGUCCUCGCUUCCAACUUGCUUCCAACAGCUCAAGGCCACCCUCGCGACAGUCUGCCUCUUUGUCCUCAUCGAACGCGUCCUUUCAGUCCUAGACAUGGCCAGGGCAGUCCCUCCGUUGCCAUCUGACAGCGAAAGUGAUCAAGACACGCGUGCGUCGGCCAGGAAAGAGAAGGUUCCUUCCAAAGACGCAAUGGACGUGGACGAGGAGAAUGCGGAAGUUGUAGAUGAUGAAGUGGAAGAGGAAUACGAGAUUGAAAGGAUCAUGGACGCGAAAAUCGGCAUGUUUCCGGGUGGCCGUAUGGGUUAUCUCGUCAAGUGGAAGGGAUACGGUGACGAACACAACAGUUGGGUAGACGAGAAGGAUUCAGGCAACGCCCACGAACUCAUUGAUGAUUACUGGGCCAAGAACAAGAAAGACAAGAGGGGUAACCGCAAGUCUACGGGAGCUCCGGCCGGGCGGCCGUCGACGACGAAGGCGCGCAAGUCGUCCGUUGUGCGAGACGAGAGCUCUGAAGCCGAAGAGCUCCGCCCGAAGAAACGAGGCAGACCGCCCAAGGCCAAGCGCGAGGAAUCGGUUGAUGACGAAGUGGAGGAAGUGGAAGCCAGUACUGCUGCCGCCAGAAGCGCUCCGGAAGUGGACGCCGAAGGGUUCCAGUCUAUGAAGCAAUGGAAGACGACAGCCACCUGGGAACAUAUUGUCGAGAAGAUCGAUACAGUCGAACGCGCAGAUGAUGGCAGGUUGAUGAUCUACUUCUCAUUGAAAAAUGGGGGUCGGGGCAGGGAGGACUCCGAAACCUGUAAGGACAAGAUGCCUCGGAAGUUGCUCGAUUUCUAUGAGACGAAUCUGCGAUGGAGGGUUGUUCCAGAGGAGGCAUGAACUUAGCUGGUGCUGGAUUGGCUUCUCAUUGUCACGUUUGUCGGUCUUCAGGGAUUCGCUCAAGUCUCCUAUUCAAGGUCCGCAGAGUUCUCAGAUGAGUCCCCUCGUGCCGUGUAUGCGUAAUUAUAUUUGUUGUCGAUAUUGCUCAAUGCGCAGUGGUCCGACCUCACACCCUGUGCGGUCAGACUCAUUCCUUCAGUGAA